AUGGGAAUAUUCAUAUACUGUGCAUAUUAUAUCUUUAAUAUCUUGCCUUCACUCUCAAAUGUUGAUUUCCUACCUUUGUUAGGCUGGUCGACCAGUCCUGUGCGUACAGGCAGAAGGGACAGUAAGGAGUCAUUCUUUGAUAAGGCGAUGGCUGAAAUUCCACAACCAAAUGGGAAUAUCAUUGAAACUCUUAGACUAUUUUCGCUCAGAGGAUUUGAUGAGAGGGAAACAGUGGCCCUCCUUGCUAGGGGUCUGAGUGUAUCAAUUGGGACAUUAGAUAAUCACUACUACAAGACCUUGAUGAGAGGAAGAGGGCUGCUGUUUGCUGAUCAACAGUUGAUGGCUUAUGAAAAGACUGCUACAGCAGUAACAGAUUACGCUAUUGAUGAUGGGAUUAUAUGUAGGACAGAGUAUGCUCAUGCCAUGGCUAAACUGUCCAAUUUUGGUGUUCUUACUGGAUCCGAAGGAGAGGUUCGGUCACAUCUAAAUUCGUAG